AUGUACGCCGCUCAGAAUAUAACGCCAACAGUUUUGGAUGCCAUGAACGGAAAUGUUUCCGAAUGGUAUAACGAAUGCGACAAUGCCAUUAGAAGGUCAGAAAUAGUUCCUGGAACUUACGAAUAUACAACUGCUGUUUCUUAUGGAAACGUAGGUGAGUUUGGAGAAGUUCUUCAACAACAGUAG